AUAAUGGAUCCUGGAAGCAGAGGAAGAAUCCACUGUACCAUGAGACUCACGUGCUCUCUCCUACUCAUGGCAGUGUUCUGUGUGACACCUUUCCUCUGCCACAGUCAAAUUGAUCCACUGGCUCUUGGGCGGGCAGACCCACAGUGCUGGGAAUCCUCCUCAGCUGUUUUACUGGAGAUGAGGAAGCCUCGCAUUUCUGACUCUGUCGGUGGUUUUUGGGACUUCAUGAUCUUUCUGAAAUCCUCAGAGAACUUGAAACAUGGGGCUUUGUUCUGGGACCUGGCUCAGCUCUUCUGGGAUAUCUAUGUGGACUGUGUGCUCUCCAGAACCCACGGGCUGGGGAGAAGGCAGCUCUCAGAAGCUGUCACAGGCCCGAAGACAGCUACUCUACAUUCUCAGUUCACAGGGAGAAACCAAGGGACAUUUUCUCAUAUUCAGAGGCCACCAGUUCUGAAGAAGAAAGACUCAUUUGAAGAUUUAAUAAGUAUCCAUAUACAUAAAAGUAGAUCUAUAUUACUUGGAAGAAUCAUUGGAGAGCUAGGAAAAAAGAGGAAAUUACACAUUUAGUCUAAGAUUUUGAUUUGUAGAUAAUUUUAAACUAUUUAUCUUUAUUUUUAUAUUUUAAUCCCCAUUGAUGUCAAUUUAUGUGGUGGAAGAAGGCAUGUAACCUCGAGUACUACAUCUCUGAUUAACUCGGACUUAUGGGUUUUCUUAAUUACCCAUUAAUUUAGUCUCCUUACUAAACUGCAUGAUUUAUAAGCAGUUGUCUACUUUAAUCUGUGUGUAUAUCAGGCUUUUUGUAAUACAUGUGAUCUGUUCAAACUAUUGUCUUUUGGGUGCCAAAACAGGAAAUAACUGAUCCUUCAAUAAAACAUAGACAAGCAGAGAAGGAAGUUGUCAAAAAACCUCCACUGUCUCCAAGACAGGAUUAGAGAAGAGAUGGUGAUAUUUGGUUGUAUGCAGAGCUGUGCACUUGUACAGAGCAACCCCUGCUCAGAGAUAUCAUCCUACUGAAGAAAAAUGGAAAAAGCGUUUUCCUUGUUGCUGGCAUCAACAAGAAAUACAGCAGCAUUCCAAGGAAGUAACUCAGCCAUGGGAUAUCAACAGCUAAAGAGAGAGAAAUGGGCAACCAUUUGCACUGCUGAAGAAGUCACAGCAUGGGAGCUGGAAAUCACCAACAGAAAAGGAAUAUAGCUCUCCACAAUGUUCCAGGUGAAGUCAGCAAAUGCAGAAACCUGUCAUGCUGUGUUAUUACAGACAACAUCUGAAACACUUUAAAGAG